CUCUGUCCUCACUGGGGGUCCCAUGUGUGUGUGCCCCCGGUAUAACUGUGCAGCCGCUGGGGGAGAGGUAGGUGCCCGGGGCUGGUAGGGAGGGGGCACUGCCAUAGAGCACAGCAGUAGCAUCGGGACGCUGGAUGGGGGCUGCGGAGAUGCACAGAGCUGCCCCCCGGGGGCCCGGCCAGCUGGGGGCGCUGCUCAUGGCCGUACUGGUGGGCAUUGCUGGAGCCUGGGUCACGGAGGACGCCUGGGAGGCAGGAUCUGGCCAGAUGGAAGUUACAGAAGAGAUUAACGUGCUGCAGUCCCUGACCCUUCACUCCAAGGAGCUGGUUAAUGUCUCGCUGAGCGCAGAACGCUCCUGCCUCUCGUUAGAUUUGGGUCAGUACUCUACUCUCAGCAUCGCCACCAGGACGGCGUUUGGAGACAGCUUUGCGGAUGAGCUUUCCGUGCUGAUGAGGCUGCGCUCGGCUCUGCAGGACAACGCCAAUAUCGUCACCAUCUUGAGUCUGCACGGCCAGGUGCUGUUCCAGAUAAGAAUGAACCCCAGCGUCUUAAUAUUCAUCUCCAGCCGGUGCGGGCACUACGAAUUUCCGGUCUCUACGCUCACUGAUGGAAAUUGGCACCGGCUGGCGCUCUCUAUCUCCGCCAAAGGCGUGGCUCUCUAUGUGGACUGCAGACUGGUGGAAAUGCUCCCUUGGUCUAACUUUUUAGGGCUGGGGGUCAGAACUGAUGGGAUACUGAUGCUCGGUGGUCUUAUUGACCCGUAUGAGGUUCCCUUUAAGGGGUCCCUCCAGCAGCUGGUCUUUGUGAUGGGAGAUCCAAGGGCCGCAAGGCAUUACUGCACCAACUACAACCAGACCUGCAUCAGCGGUUUCCAGGCUGAAGAGUUUUAUAAUCUGUCUCUGAGUGAACGCCCGAAACUCCCGGAUCCUGGUCCCAAGGUGGCUGCGGGAGAGACCCCGACCACGGGAGAGGGGCGCAACGCUGACGCUCAGUCAGCCGUGGAAGGGGGUCUUCUGUCAAACCCAUCGCAGAAGGAGUCAGAAGGACACGGACCGGUCAAUGAGCAGAUGGUGGACUCGGUGUCUCACAAAUACCUGAGCGAGUUGGACUUGUCGGAUCUGAAAGAAGAAGGCUUCAUUCCUGCUUCCGGCCAGGGCUCAGUUUAUCUCCCUGGAGCCACGGGGAAGGCCACAAAGAAAGACGAUCGGCUGAAGAAAGUGGACCCGGUGGAGGAGAACAUCACUGCGGACAAAGAGGAGAAAAGUUCUGUUCUGAGUGCGGAACUCACUCCCACUGACAAGUUCACAGGUGACGUCCUAGACCUCACCAAAAACCUCACAUAUACCAAGCCUAGCCCGCUGCCGACGCCGGUGAGAAACACGUCCACCGGCCAGCUGCCCAGUCCUACAACCGCACCACUGAGGAGGAAUGAGACGAUGACCACGGUGCCAGCUAUCACCACCAGCGACGGUGACCCAGUAGGGGGAUCGGGGGAGCCUGGAGCUCCCCAAGUGGAUAAUUAUCCUACCGUUGGGAAGCCAAAGAAGACGCCUGUACGGGGGUAUCCAGGACCACGCGGUCCUCCUGGCUGUCGCGGUCGUCCUGGGUUUGCUGGCGCUAAAGGAGAUAAGGGAGAUCCAGGUGUAAUGGGACGUGUGGGAAUGACUGGGAAUCCUGGCCCCCGUGGCCCCCCAGGAGUGCCCACCAUAAUGAUUUGGAGGAACUCUCAGGAGGACUGGGCAGCCUUCUAUCACACGUCCUUCUUUCAGCUGCUGUAUGCCGGCUGGCCUAGAAGUCGCGGUCCAGCGGGUCUCCCCGGUAUAUAUGGAAAGCCAGGCACACCGGGUAAGACUGGACCCGCAGGGAGGCUGGGCGUGAAAGGGCAGCGAGGUCCUACGGGGCUGUCAGGACCGUCGGGCACACAGGGAGCCGCUGGCAUUCCCGGGAAUGAUGGAGCUCCAGGCCUCGACGGGAAACCAGGCUCUCCGGGAACACCAGGAGCGAAGGGGUUGCAAGGCUUUAAAGGGGAUCAAGGACCUGUCGGUGAAAAAGGGGAAGAAGGUUUUGUCGGAGCUCCUGGAAACUUUGGUGAAAAAGGUGUCAAAGAAAGAAAGGGGGCGAAGGGAGAACCUGGGCCGCCAGGAAAUGCAGGGGUGCAGGGCCCCAUGGGCAUGAAAGGAAGCCAGGGCGUUCAUGGACUCCCAGGACCGAUUGGAGAGGUGGGGGUUCCUGGGCCACGAGGCCCCCCAGGUCCAGAGGGUGAACAAGGACAGACGGGAUUUGUAGGAACACAAGGGGUGAACGGAUCCCAGGGGGAUCCAGGACCUCCCGGAGUCGCCGGCCACACUGGCCCUCGGGGCCCACGAGGAAUAGAAGGAUUGUGUGGACCACCUGGACUAAGAGGACCCCAGGGAAUGAGGGGAGACGACGGGCCACCGGGCCAGAAAGGAGACAUGGGAGAAGUGGGGCCUCCGGGAUUACGAGGGGAGAGAGGGCCGGAGGGGCCUAUGGGAUUGAUUGGAUGGCCAGGUGUAAAUGGGCAGCCAGGAGAUAAGGGUCGGCCCGCGGCGGAUGGGGAGAAAGGAGAUCCGGGUGUCAAAGGAGAGAAGGGAUCUCCUGGACCCACCGGCACUACCGGACCUCCCGGGAACCAAGGACAACCUGGCUUUCUAGGGUUCCCUGGACCAAAAGGUCUUAUGGGCUCCACUGGAUCCAUAGGGGAUGAAGGACAAAAAGGACCCCAUGGUCAAAAUGGCAGUGAGGGGCCCAAGGGAAACCGAGGAUCUGAUGGACCUAAGGGCGUGACUGGACCACGGGGGAACCGGGGACGGAUGGGGCAGAGAGGUCUUGUGGGGACACCAGGAUCUCCGGGUCAUCGGGGUGUUCCAGGUUCGGAGGGCGCAGAAGGACUGCCUGGUACACAGGGGCCUGCAGGUGCGCCAGGGGUAUCUGGGAGCAGGGGAACGAACGGUCUGGCGGGACCACGUGGGGAGAAAGGCAGAAACGGACCCCCAGGACCAGCCGGUCCACCUGGUAGACCAGGGAUGGAUGCAGAGCCUGGACCUCAUGGAGAAAGGGGCUUUACUGGAAAACAAGGACCGGAAGGACCCCAAGGACCUGUGGGCAUGUAUGGCUUCCCUGGUCCUUCUGGCGAGAGAGGACGGACAGGGCACAUGGGCGAGAAGGGGGAGAUGGGACCUCCUGGGAUACCGGGACUGCCGGGAAAAGUCGGCCUAAAGGGACCGCCAGGACCGCAGGGGGAGAGAGGAACUCUCGGAUCACAGGGCCGUAUGGGGGAGACGGGAGACCAGGGUAUGCCGGGUCCACCGGGCCCACCUGGCAAUAUAGGGCCUAAUGGGCAACCUGGAAAGAUGGGGGACCCUGGGGACCAUGGGCCACCUGGAGAAGAAGGCACUAUCGGCCCUUCAGGAUACCCGGGUCGAGAGGGACCAGCUGGGGUAGAAGGACCGCCUGGUGAGAAAGGAGACAAGGGUGCCAUUGGGAUAGUCGGUGACCAGGGCGUCCGUGGGCUGGAUGGGGAGCAGGGUGAGCCAGGCACUACAGGGAAGGAAGGGCCAGUCGGGAGGAAAGGAGAGCAGGGAGAUAUUGGUGUUCCGGGAACGUCAGGUCCUGUGGGACCGAUUGGUGACCCAGGGGAAAGAGGUCUCCAGGGUCUGCCAGGUCCUCCAGGAGAACCAGGCAAAGAGGGCGAUGUGGGGGAAGUGGGAGACGUGGGAGGUCCUGGUCCUCCGGGAGAGAAGGGAGAGCUGGGACCGUGCGGCAGCAUCGGAAAUCCUGGGCCGAGCGGUGAUACGGGAGAGCGUGGAAUUCGGGGCCCAAAGGGAGAGAGAGGACAUGCAGGACACCAGGGGCAACCUGGUCUGAUUGGAGCUGCAGGAACUCACGGACCCCUCGGAGAAAUGGGGACCUCCGGGGACAUGGGAGCACCAGGUGUCAAUGGACCUCCAGGGUUGAAGGGUGACAUCGGCCAGCCAGGCGACAUUGGCGAUCCCGGAUCCCGAGGAGGAUCGGGUCCACAGGGUGCGAAGGGAGAAAAGGGGGAGCAAGGCCACAGCGGAGCCCUGGGUCCACCCGGUCCGCCAGGUAGUAAAGGUUCCCAAGGGCUGCCUGGCCUCUCUGGUCCUGAAGGCCACAAGGGCGUCACAGGCAGUGGAGGAGUUCAGGGGAUUCAGGGGCCACCAGGGGCUGCCGGUGAGACUGGACCAGCGGGGACCCCUGGAAGAGAGGGUGCUCCAGGGGAGAGAGGACAGCCCGGGAAAGCAGGGGUGCCGGGCAAAGUGGGGCCUAUCGGUAAUCCAGGACCAGCGGGGAGACCUGCGCAGAAGGGAGAGAAGGGAGACCGAGGGAAAUCUGGCCGUCCUGGACCUCAUGGGGCGCAUGGCAGGAAGGGUAAAAGGGGUAAAGCAGGUCCGAGACCACCACGUGGACCUCAUGGCCCCAAGGGUGCGAAAGGAAGACAGGGACCAGAUGGGCCGCCGGGGCCGAGAGGACCGUAUGGUAUUCCAGGACUCAGGGGACAGAAAGGGGAGCCAGGGUCCAAAGGGCUAAAGGGUGAACUGGGCAUGGAUGGACCAUUCGGACCACAAGGAGAACACGGAGAGAAGGGAAAUCAAGGUCCUACAGGGGACACUGGACCUCCAGGAGAGAAUGGAGACGAGGGCGUCAUUGGGCCUCCUGGACCGCAGGGUUUCCCAGGGACUCAGGGACCCCCGGGCCCAGAAGGGAUUCAGGGACCGAAAGGAUUCCAGGGAGCAGAGGGACCACAGGGGCCACCGGGACCCACAGGACCUCCUGGGGCACCUGGACCACCGGGACCAUCCCUCAGCAUAAGGGCCCAGAGUUUAAGGUUCCCUCACGCCGGGCCACAGUUCCCUCACGCCGGGCCCUGGAACGACAGCACGCCAUGGGAUCUAAUUCACCGCCUGGAGGAAGACUUCAAACUCUUGGUUGCCCCACCGAAUGGGACCAAGGAGAACCCGGCAAGCACCUGCCAGGAGCUGCAGCUCGUCCACCCCGAGCUGAAGGAUGGUUAUUACUACAUUGACCCCAAUCAGGGGAGUCCGCAGGACUCUUUCUUGGCGUUCUGCAACUUUACAGCGGGGGGAGAAAGCUGUGUGCCGGCUACGCAGAGCGAGAUUCCGAUCAGGUCGUGGCUGCUGAGCUACCAGACCCAGGACGGAUUCCAGUGGUUCAGCACCCUUCCAGGGGGCUUCACAUUCACGUACAACGAGGGCAGUGUGGUCCAGCUACGCUUCCUCCGGCUGCAGAGCUUCCGUGUACACCAAGAACUGAGAUACGUGUGCGUGGCGCAGCCUGGGCACCCCACCAGGGACAAGAACGUGAAAUUUCUGACUGACACCCGGGACCAGAGCUUCCUGGUGACCCUGCAGGGAUGCGAGGGUGGAGAAUUGUACAACAGGACGGAGACUCUCCUCCAUUUUGCACCCAUGGACCUUUCUCUGCUUCCUCUCCGGGACUUGGCCUUGUUUCAUGACGGAGACACGGGCCAUCAAUGUGGCUUCUUCGUGGGCCCCGUGUGCUUUAGCUGAGGGUCCUUCUUCUCCAGGAACGUUGACGACACACACCCAGGUGGUUGGGUGGAAGUCCCACACUAUUUAUACAGGAAGAUACAACAUGGGCCUCUUACCCCUCUCUCAGGAAGGGAGACUGAAUAUUGUUUACAAAGGAACUAUUGGUGCUCAGAAGUGUAACACUUCUCUCGGAUCUCCUGGUGAGAACUACACACACACACACAGAGACACACACCUCAAGGCUUCCGCCUCACAGGACAUUCUAACGGCAAUGUUCUCAGGAGAGAAGUCUAACCUCUUAAUGCACUUAUUUAUCAACUUGUCUUGGUGCCCAAUGAAAUAGCGCAAGGAAAAGCGCCAACAAAGUGUUUUUCCCAGAAUCCCCAGAUUCAGAAGGAUGUAUGAGCAGAGCAAGUCACGGACGUGAACAGGACCAACCACUGCCAUUCCUAAUCAUUCCUGUGAUGCAGAACGUGGGUUAUUCCAUUGCUAAGUCAUGGACACGUACAGGACCAACCACUGACAUUCCUAGUCAUUCCUGCGAUGCAGAACGUAGGUUAUUCCAUUGCUAAGUCAUGGACACGUACAGGACCAGCCACUGUCAUUCCUAGUCAUUCCUGUGAUGCAGAACGUAGGUUAUUCCAUUGCUAAGUCAUGGACACGUACAGGACCAGCCACUGUCAUUCCUAGUCAUUCCUGUGAUGCAGAACGUAGGUUAUUCCAUUGCUAAGUCAUGGACACGUACAGGACCAGCCACUGUCAUUCCUAGUCAUUCCUGCAAUGGAGAACUUGGGUUAUUCCAUUGCUACUACAGAUCAUUCCCGCGAUGGAGAACGUGGGUUAUUGAGGCUCAUAUAUUGUCAGAGAUGGUUGCCAAGGACCAUUUCCAGACUGUUCCAGGACCUGUUUCUAGAAGCAAAUAUCAUUUUUUUGGAAGAUUUUGCAGUCUAGAGUAUCUUGUUACAUAUUUAGCUAUUUAACUACCUGAGUGUUUGAUGCCGCAGGUUGUCGUAUGAAAUGGAAUAUUUGAUAUAUAUAUAUAUAUAUAUAUAUAUAUAUAUAUAUAUCUGUUGUUUUUUUCCCACUGUUUGAGGUGGGGAUUAAGACCCCAUGGUCCCUUAGUGGCAUAUUGGCUUGGGACCCCUUUUAUCCUCUUUUUGUAAAAUAAAAUAAAACAAAAACAUGAAAAUAAGAAUUUACUUACCGAUAAUUCUAUUUCUCGGAGUCCGUAGUGGAUGCUGGGGUUCCUGAAAGGACCA